AGGUAAACAAAACAGUUCACAAAGGGACUUUAGGGGACAGAAAUUUAUUAAAUUUACGAUGUCAACGUGGAAAAAAGCCGCAAAAUCCAAUCAAAAAGUUCAUCGGGAGCGUCAUCAACCAGCUGGGCGUGAACAUUUAGGGAUUCUCGAGAAGAAAAAGGACUAUAAACGACGUGCCGAUGAUCAACACGAGAAAGAUGAAACUCUCAAGCUCUUGCGGAAACGCGCAUUGAACAAAAAUCCCGACGAAUUCUACCAUCACAUGGUAAACUCGAAAACAAUCAACGACGAACAUCAUGAAAUCGAGAAGGAUGACGAACACACACCCGCUCAAGUGAAACUUAUGCAAACGCAGGACAUUAAAUACAUCAUAAUGAAGCGAACCGUCGAAAAAAACAAAAUCCAAAGACUCCAAUCGCACUUGCACAUGAUCGACAUGGCCAACGAAGUGCAAAAUAAACACAUUUUCUUCGUCGACGACGAGGAAGAAGCAAAAAAAUUCGAUUUGGCGAAAAAAUUGGAUACGCAUCCGAGCUUGUUGGGUCGCAAAACGAACAGAAUUCGCAUUGGAGACUUGCAAAAAAUGAAACUUGAUGAACUGAGUCCCGAACAGAUGAAGAAACUGAACGAAGAAAAGGAAAAAUUGUACCGGGAAUUGGAGAAACGAAUCGAUCGCGAGAAAGAAUUGGCGGUAAUUCAACAGAAAAUGGAGCUUAAGAGGAAAUUACAGGAAAAACGACAAGUAAAACCGAGGAGAGUGAAGCCAGCGACGAAAAAUUCAGCUCCUGUUUAUCUUUUCAAAUACGAACGCAAAAAAUAAUUUUUUUUAAUAAACAAAAAUUUGCC